AUGCAGUGCUUGAGCACGAUCAUGGCAGAGUCGCUAAGCUUCAUCACCAUCUGCCUUUUAGGAUAUCUACUCAGCGCUGACUGUACAGUUUUUCUUGAUCGUGAAAAUGCCACCAAAAUUCUGAACCGGCCAAGGAGAUAUAACUCAGGUAAAUUGGAAGAGUUUGUUCAAGGGAACCUUGAGAGGGAAUGUAAUGAAGAAAAGUGCAAUUAUGAAGAAGCACGAGAAGUUUUCGAAAACACAGAGAAAACUAAUGAAUUUUGGAAGCAGUAUGUUGAUGGAGACCAGUGUGAUUCCAACCCAUGUUUGCAUGGUGGCAUGUGUAAGGAUGGCAUUAAUUCCUAUGAAUGUUGGUGUCAACCUGGAUUUGAGGGAAAGAACUGUGAAUUGGAUGUAACAUGCAACAUGAAGAACGGCCGAUGCAAGCAGUUCUGCAAACUAGGUGCUGAUAGCAAAGUGGUUUGCUCCUGUACUGAUGGAUAUCAACUUGCAGAAGACAAGCAUUCCUGUAUACCAGCAGUGCCAUUUCCAUGUGGAAGAGUUUCUGUCUCACUCUCAUCUAAGACGCUCACUCGUGCUGAGACGGUUUUCUCCAGUGUGGACUAUGAAAAUUCUACUGAAGCUGAGUGGGAUAAUGUUACUGAAAGCAACUCAUCACAAUCGGAGUUCACCCGGGUUGUUGGUGGAGACAACGCCAUACCAGGUCAAUUCCCUUGGCAGGUCGUUUUGCAUGGGAAAAUCGAGGCAUUCUGUGGAGGCUCCAUCAUUAAUGAAAAAUGGGUCGUAACUGCAGCCCACUGUAUCGAACCUGGGGAUCAGAUCACGGUCGUCGCAGGUGAACAUAACAUUGAGGAAAAGGAGCACACUGAGCAAACGCGAAAAGUGAUCCGCACGAUUCCCCACUUCCACUACAAUGCGAGCGUUAACAGGUACAGCCACGACAUCGCCCUCCUGGAACUGGACCAGCCCUUAGUCCUGAACAGCUACGUGACACCGAUUUGCGUGGCCAACAGGGAAUAUACCAACACUUUCCUCAAACUCGGAUCUGGCUAUGUGAGUGGUUGGGGGAAAAUCUUCAACAGAGGGAGAUCAGCUUCAAUUCUUCAGUACCUCAAAGUUCCUCUUAUUGACCGAGCCACCUGCCUUCGGUCCACGAGAGUCACCAUCCUGAAUAACAUGUUCUGUGCUGGCUAUCAUGAGGGAGGUAAAGAUUCUUGCCAAGGGGACAGUGGGGGACCCCAUGUUACUGAGGUGGAAGGGACGAGUUUCUUAACUGGAAUUAUUAGCUGGGGGGAAGAAUGUGCAAUGAAAGGUAAAUAUGGAAUCUACACCAAGGUAUCCAGAUAUGUCAACUGGAUUAAAGAAAAAACAAAGCUCACUUAG